CUGAUUGUUGACGCCUGCGGUCGCUGCGGCAGCGCCGGGCGGCGAGGAGGGGCGGUUGGGGAAGGGAAGCGGCGCUGUGACAGGUACCACUGCGGGUGCAGCUGAGACGGCGAUGGCAGACGCGCCGGAGGAAGCCCGAGGCCGCCCUCCCGGGCAGCACGACGGCGGAGGAGAGCACGAGCCGCAGAGAGUAUGUUAUCCCAUCCUUGGCCCACAGAUUUAUGGCAGAGAUGGUGGAUUUCUUUAUUCUCUUCUUUAUAAAAGCAACCAUUGUUUUAAGCAUUAUGCAUCUGAGUGGAAUAAAGGACAUCUCUAAAUUUGCUAUGCAUUAUAUAAUAGAAGAAAUCGAUGAAGACACAUCAAUGGAAGACUUGCAGAAAAUGAUGGUUGUGGCACUUAUAUACAGAUUAUUAGUUUGUUUCUAUGAGAUAAUUUGCAUUUGGGGAACAGACGGUGCGACCCCAGGGAAGUUCUUGCUGGGGCUUCGAGUUGUGACCUGUGAUACGUCAGUGCUUAUUGCACCAAGUCGGGUUUUAGUGAUUCCUUCCUCAAACGUUAGCAUUACAACGUCCACCAUACGAGCUCUGAUCAAGAAUUUUUCUAUUGCGUCCUUUUUCCCUGCUUUCAUCACAUUGCUGUUUUUUCAGCAUAAUCGAACAGCCUAUGACAUUGUAGCAGGAACCAUUGUGGUAAAAAGAAAUGGGGUCAGAUGAUGCCCCCACAAUAUUGAAUUCCAUACUCUGGAAUAAUGACAAAACUAAAUUAUGUUCCAAGGCCAUCAGUAUCCCUGGGUUAUAUUAAUCGAUUUAGAAAUUAAAGCAAUCACUCCAGUGUGAUGCAGGUGACCGUUCUGAAAGUAUUGAUUUUACCUGAAUGCCAAAGAACUUUUCCAGAAGAAAAACCUGUUAAAUUCAAGUGUUAAAAAAAUUUUAGGUCAAAAAGAAAGCAACUGGUUUUCUAAUAAAGACAAUAUAUACUUUCUUUAGACCAAGACAUUAGGUUUUUUUGAAAGCAUUUUCUGCUUUGAAAUCUCUAAAUGAAACUUUAAAGAUUUUGAUUUAUGCCAAAAUGAUGGAAAAUGUCAAGUUCUGUUUUGUAAGCACAUAAUUCACCUUUUAGUUAACUCUUCUGGGGGAAUUGUUUUUUUUUUUGCAGGAGGGAGCAAGAAGACAGACUGGGUAAUCCCCAUGUCUCCCAUCCUAGGAGGUGCUGAGUUAGCCACAAGAGAAAGGGGCAAGGCAGACAGGCCUAGCAGUCCCCUUCCCUGAACUGUCCAAAGUGCACUGCAAGUCCCUGCAAAGAGGGUGUAACUUUACCACUAGUCGUAAUACUUAAGCAUGUAUUUUGGCCAAGUUUUCCAAGAUGAUGAAAAAGUAUUGUCAUGUUGCUGUACUAUCACUGAAAUUUUGUAAAAGUUAGCGAUUGUUUAUAAUGGAAUUUAAUGCCCUAAAAUCAAACUAUAUGUGGAGAAAAAGCUUCCAUCAAUCCAUUGUGUAAUUACUAUAAAACAAUAUUCUCUGUAUAUGCAGCAUGAAGUGUUAGUGCUUUUCAGUGUUUUGAAAUAUGAGUAUGAAUUGUAUUUCUAUACAGUAUACUCACAUAGUUGUUACUUUCCUUUUAUAUUUUAUAUAGUUCCAUGAUUUUUGAACCAUCAGGAGUUAACUAAAUAGUAUUUCAUGAAUAACUCUAAUAUUAGUAGCCUGUAAGGUAUUAGCAGUUUUCCCAUUAUGAACUGUUCUCUCCAAAGAAGUAGACAAUAUCAUUUGCACACACUAUUCUAGCUUCUUUAAGAUCAUUUGGGGCCUGUAAGAGAUGAAGUCUUGGGGAAAAGAUUAAGCAAAAUACUUUGUAUAUUGCCACUUUAUUCUACUGAAGCAGUAUAGGGCAGAGGGUGCUUUUGUUGUAUGACCCAGUAAGCUCUAAGAUACACCUGUACUAUAUAUAAAGUUUUAUUUCUUUGUUAUUUUGUCCAACUGUGCUAUUUUCCUGAAAGCACUAAAGUAUUCUUUAGUUAUUAGACUGCUUAAGAAAUCUAGAUUUUUCUCUUGGUUUUAAAUUAAUUGGAAAGGUAAGACAUCUGUUACUUAAAACUGUGAAAAUACAUUUAAUGUUUUAUAGACACUAACAAUGUUCUUACAAUAAUUUUAUUAUAAAAUAUUUUUCAGAAUAACUUUACAUUAAAUCCAACUUUACAGAAAGCUUCUCAGUCAAGUAUGUAAGAGUACUAAAUAGACAUUCCCUUGAGGCCUCUGGGAAAAUACAGUUUUACAGCUCUUCCCAGUAAAAAGAAAGAAAAAUCUUUCAAUUCUAUCAAAAAUUGGGAAAUAUAAAUUUAGCACUCAAUCUAGACACUAGCAUUAUAUACUACUUUUGCCACUGACUGGGGAAUUCAAGUUGAAAUGCCAUUCAGUCCCUAUUGCUCUGGAGUACAUCUUUGAAAGUGCUGCUCAAAUAAAAUAAUUACAUUAAUUGCCCAUUCUGGGUGACAAAAAAAAAAUUGGUCCUGGUUUUUAUACAGCAAGUACUGUCAUUUGCUAUACAUGAGUUAUUGAGAUUAAUACCUAGAUCCAGCUGUGGGGACUUAGUUGUACCUAUGUAGCCCUAUAAAAGAUAUAUAGAAGUACUACAUUGCCUUCACAGCAGAAACCUAAGUCAGUUUCUAUUUAUGGUUCCUAGAGGUGUUUUUUUUUCAAAGGAGAAAACAAUGAGGGAAGAGGAAAUUUGGCCUUGCUGCCCCUUUUCUCUUGGGGAGACUCUCCUUUUGAGGAUAUGGGUCUACUUAGUGUACUGUACUUUUAGAAACAGAUUUUCUGUAUGGAGUGUAAUUCUCAUGUUGAAGCUCUUGCCCUGAAAGACAAAAGUUGUAUUCAUAAUAAAAUAAUCAGCCUAACAAGGUAAGUAUUAGGAUUAGAGCUGAGAACACAAUUUCAGUAAGCAUGUCCUAAGCUACAAUAUUAUGACUGAUUUAAUGAUGAAAAAGUAUAUCAUCUUGUUGCUAUAUUAUCAUUCAGUUGAAGAACAACUAUCAGUGAAUUUGGGCAACCAGGAAAUCUACCCAUCUCUGAAUGUAUACUGAGGUGGCCCACGCACCUUCAGAAGUCUGGCAUAUCCGCUAAUCAUGUUGAUGCCAGAGGCUGGGCCCCAGGUAAGUGUGAGCGAUGGCGAGCCUUGCUUUUGGGCUGCUAUGAGACCACAGAAAUAAAGUCAAAAUAUUUGGACAGUAAGCCAUCACUUGCCAAUGCAGUAAUAAUAGCCCAACUACUUCUCUAAAACUGGUUCAGCAGUUUUUUACUUAGGUAUUUAGGAUUCUUUAAAAAGGCAUUGUACUUGAGGGUCACUUAGUAUAAAUUAUAAAAACAAAUCUUCAGUGUUUUUAAUGUCUUAAAUUAUGGUAAAAUUUAACUAGAAAUUUAAAGGGAUUUGAGUGUUUUACUUAUGCUGAGUAUUUACAGCAAAGUGAGAAAGUUGAAAUUUUUUACAUUAUUAACUACACAGGAAUAAAGAGCUUCUGAAGGAGAGAGGGAGUAUUGCAUGUUUUGACUUGGUAUUUGUCCCUGCUGUUUUAAAGCAUAUACACAAGCAACAGUAUUCCCAAAAUCUGCUAAGUAAUAUUUCAGUUUCCUACACCAAAACCCAAAGUCUUUACAACACAUCCUCAUUUCAAACAGUAUAUGCAUGUUUCCUUGCAGCUCCUUGUAGGAGCUCUGGACCUGCAAAAACAGUAUCUGAUGGUCCGCUUAUAAAUAAAAUUCACCAUUUUGUUUUUAAUGAUUUGUAUGCCACCAAUUUGUAUUUUAUUUGUCUCAAUAAAUACUUAAGUACAAAUGCA